AUGCCUUUGAGGCAGUACGUGGACCGCUCUUUACGUGAUAUUAUGCAAACAAUUAACCAGGGCGCUGAAGACAAACCCUUUGGAGGAAAGACAGUGGUAUUAGGAGGUGACUUCAGGAAAAUAUUACCAGUAGUUCCACGAAAAGGAAGACCAGAUAUAGUAGACGCAUCUGUCAGUAGGUCGCCAACAAUUUGGCCUCAUUGCACCGUGUUCAAACUCACUACGAACAUGAGACUGAGGGGAAGCACAACCACAAUCGGAAAAGAACAAAUGCAGGCUUUCAGCAAAUGGGUACUAGAUGUGGGCGAUGGAAACAUAUCUUCCAGUGCUAAAAGCGGGGAAGAUGAGGCUACUUGGAUCCAAAUACCAACUGACUUACUGGUAAAGGACCAUGACGAUAAAAAGGUCGCCCUUGUGGAAGAAAUAUACCCUGACCUUCUUCACAGGUACAAAGACAUCAACUACCUUUCUGAAAGGGCUAUAUUAGCGCCUAAAAACGAAUGUGUGGAUGAAAUAAAUAACUACAUACUCUCGAUGAUCCCCGGCGAAGAAAGAGUAUAUACAAGUGCUGAUAGAGUAAGUCCCCUCACAAAUAGAACCUCCAUCGAAGAAGAUCUAUACCCAACAGAGUUCCUCAACACACUGCAGUUCCCUGGCAUCCCAAAUCAUGAGAUGCGACUAAAGGUAGAUUGUCCAAUAAUCCUACUUAGAAACAUCAAUCAAGUUGAGGGAUUAUGCAAUGGAACAAGGCUCAUCAUAACGCGGCUGGAAGCAAUUGUAAUUGAAGCACAAGUGGUAACCGGAAAAAAUGUAGGUCGCAGAGUCUCCAUUCCGCGGGUAGAGAUGACACCAUCUAAUCACACACUGCCAUUCACUAUGAAGCGCAGACAAUUCCCUGUCAAGGAAUACAAGGCCUGCAAGCAGAGGAAGACCCAUCUUUUAAGUUCUGUGAACACUAACAAAAAACCAACGAGCAAAAACAGACCCCAAAGGUAUCUGCGGUUGCAUCUUCAGGAGCAUUGCAUAUCUUUCAUUGGUCCCAAGUAUCCUACGCGUAUAGACUGCUGCCUUUCCCAAGUUCCCUUUCCGUAUCCUUUGAUCACAUCCUUCACUUGUGAAUGA